AUGGACGGAUUCCUCGGCUUAAACGUGCGGAGAUCUGAGGCAAUAUACGUAUGUCCUCGUUUUUUGUUAGUGCAAGAAGUGGAAAGGAGUCUGGAUCUGGAUUCAAACGCGGGGAUGGGAACGAGGGAUUGUGAAGAUGCGCCAGUGCGAUCGCGUCGGCGCUGUGCGGCAUUUCGUCCGUCAGUUUCGCUGUACCGCGAGCGUGCAGCGGUCGUGGUAGAAGGGGCACGCGUCCGCUCGCGUUUCUUAUCGGCUGUUAUUCGCGGUUUUCUGUCGGCAGUGCACGUGUCACCGACGAACGCUCUUAUUUAUGACGCUCGUACACCUGUGACAAAACAAAUAUUAAAUGUGAUG